GCCAGUUCUCCCGCUGCAGCAUCCGAAGAGCACACACACACACACACACAUCUGAACAUCCUCCUUACUGCAAUCAAAACCCCUCUGGACCGAGUGUGUCCCCCAUCUUUCUUCCCACGCUAAGGAAUCCUCCGUGCCUCAAUCAACCAGUGUUUUGUCCGUCUCUGGUGAAUUAAGGCAAAAUGUCUUCUAAGCUGCCUUCAGGCAAACCCACGUCCCCUUUCAGGAAGAGAGGCAGCUUGCAGUACACAGCCAGUGGGGUAGAUCUCCGUGUUGGCCGACACCUCCUCACGUCCCAGUAUUCUUUGCCUGGCAACCCUGUAACCAAGCACGGCCACAUUGACCUGCGCACUUCCAUGGAUGGCAAAUACAAAGAGAUUGCAGAGGAGCUGUUCUCGCGCAGCCUCACGGAGAGUGAGAUGCGGAGUGCUCCAUAUGAGUUCCCUGAGGAGAGCCCUAUUGAGCAGCUGGAGGAGAGGCGGCACCGACUGGAGCGGCAAAUCAGCCAGGAUAUCAAGUUUGAGCCUGAUAUCCUACUCCGAGCCAAACAGGACUUAAUGAAAACUGACAGUGCGACAGAUCUAGAGUAUAUGAAAGAACAAAGCCAGGCACCCAAAGAACUCUAUCCUGAGAGAGAGCUCGUCCCUGAGAGGGAGUAUCAGAGAGUCACGAUCACUGGAGAGGAGAAAUGUGGGGUUCCGUUCACUGACCUACUGGAUGCUGCUAAAUGUGUGGUCAAAGCUCUGUUCAUCAGAGAGAAGUACAUCUCUCUGUCCAUGCAGAGCUUCUGUAGGACUACAGCACGUUACCUGCAGGAGCAGCUGGGUGGCCAACCUCUGGACCUCAACACCUUUGAGGAGAUGCCGGAGUCCUCUGUAUCGGCAAAUGCAACGGUCCACCCUCCUGUCUCAGAAACCCACCCCUAUGAGGUGCUAGACCCUGCCAACAUGCCCCCAGGAUUGAGCUACACUUGCAAGAUGGUAGAUGGUGUUGUUCAUGUGUACACGCACAAUUCCUCAGAGCUGGACUUGCCGUACCCAGACCUGCAGGAAUACAUAGCUGAUAUGAACAUGAUGAUGGCACUCAUCAUUAACGGGCCAGUGAAAUCCUUUUGCUAUCGCCGGCUGCAGUACCUCAGCUCCAAGUUCCAGAUGCACAUUCUCUUAAAUGAGAUGAAAGAGUUGGCAGCACAGAAGAAAGUCCCACACCGUGAUUUCUACAACAUCAGGAAGGUGGACACACAUAUCCAUGCUUCAUCCUGCAUGAAUCAGAAGCACCUGCUGCGCUUUAUUAAAAGAGCCAUGAAGAAGUAUCCAGGUGAAAUCGUCCAUGUAGAACAAGGCCGAGGACAGACUCUAUCAGAGGUGUUUGAGAGCAUGAACCUGACGGCCUUUGACCUCAGCGUAGACACUCUGGAUAUGCAUGCGGACCGUAACACGUUUCACCGCUUUGAUAAAUUCAAUUCCAAAUACAACCCAAUUGGAGAGUCCAUCCUCCGAGAAAUCUUUAUCAAGACUGACAACCAUAUUGAGGGGAAAUACUUCGGGCACAUAAUCAAGGAGGUGAUGGCAGACCUGGAGGAGAGCAAAUAUCAGAAUGUGGAGCUGAGACUCUCCAUCUACGGCCGCUCACGAGAUGAAUGGGAUAAACUGGCUCAGUGGGCCGUCAAACACAAAGUUUAUUCAGAUAAUGUGCGCUGGCUGGUGCAGGUGCCCCGGUUAUUGUCUAAUAUUCUUAUCUUCAAGACCCAUUGCAAACAGUCAAGAGCUUAUCAGUCCACCCAGAGAGAGACGUUUGUGUAUCUUCUUCAGGCUCCUGUACUGCAGUAUCUGUAUUACCUGGCUCAGAUCGGCAUAGCCAUGUCCCCACUCAGCAACAACAGCCUCUUCCUCAGUUACCAUCGAAAUCCACUGCCUGAGUACCUGUCCCGGGGUCUCAUGGUGUCUUUGUCCACUGAUGACCCACUGCAGUUCCAUUUCACAAAGGAGCCGCUGAUGGAGGAGUACAGCAUCGCUGCUCAGGUGUGGAAGCUGAGCUCGUGUGACAUGUGUGAGCUGUCCCGAAACAGUGUGCUCAUGAGUGGAUUUUCUCAACAGGUGAAAAGCUAUUGGCUGGGGCCACGUUAUCUGAAAGAAGGGCAGGAGGGCAAUGACAUCAGACGCACUAACGUUCCAGACAUCCGAGUGGCGUACCGCUUUGAGACACUGUGCGAGGAGCUGAAUCUGAUCACCCAGGCUGUGCGGUCAGAGGAGCUGGAGACGAUUGAAGAGCAGGGCUCCCUGUGCAAGGCUGCAGGACCAGCCAGACGUUAGCGGUGUCAUACGCUUUCAAUUAUUCAUCCAGUGCAGAAUGUGAGUGAAAGGCAAUUCAGGGAAAUGUGGCACAGUCAUACUGUGUUUGAUUCCACUGGUGUUCAACUAAAUACCCAUUUUUUUUAUUAGACUUAGGUAUUUGCUAGAAAUCUACUGUAGUUAUUUUGUUUGUAAAUUGCAGGUUUAAAGUCUGAGAAAAAAAAAGUGAAUUUGCACAAAGGAAAUGCCAAUGUUGUCUUUGACAAAAGCGCAUAAACAUUUUGCGGAAUACCAACUGGAAACACUUACAGUAUCUGUGAACUACUAGAGGGCUCCAGAAAUCCACAGUCAAGCAUCAGGAAACCCCAGAAAUCUCCCCCUCUGUUACUGUGGACUUUACACUGUCCUUAACCUGCAGUCCAGCAUGAAGAUCAGUGAAAUGGUUUACACCAUCAUAGAUAAUAUACAUUUGUUGUCGCUUGUACACUUGUUCUGAAUGCUGACAGCCAUAAACAUUUGUUCUUUAGCUACUAUGUGUGAGCUCAUGUACCCACGCACAUCUCUGCCAUGAGCCAUCGUCAUCCUGUCAUUUUUAAAUGGAUUUUUAUCUCCUUUAUAUUCUUGAUUUUAACAGGUUCUGUUCUAAUAAGUUUAUUAUUGUGUUAUUUAUUUUAUAGUGAUUGUAUCCUUUGAGUCAUUUGGCCAUUUUAUGUGUGUCUGUAAUUUAUUGAUGAUUAGUGCUAUUUAUUGUAAAUCAGACAUGAUAAUAUCAAAAUGAAGUUUAUUUUUUUCUGCUGUAUU